UACCAACUCUUACUUCCUGUUGCAAAACACGUGAAACAUGGAAGGCACAGAAGAAGUAAAUAAAUGUGAAAAAGAGACAGUCAUAAAAUCAGAAAAUGAUUUCCAACUGCCAAAGACUAAAUCUAGAAAAAGAAAACACCAGGGUGGUGAUCAGUCGGACUCAGUUUCGAUGGAUACAUCAGAAAGUGCUAUCAAGAGACCCCAUUUUCCUCCAAUCAGUGCAGAAAAGUUACUGGGUGGUAAAUCAGAAUUACGGAAGGUCCCAGUACCUCCACAUAGAUAUACACCGUUGAAGGAGAACUGGAUGAAAAUAUUUAGUCCUAUUGUGGAACACCUACACCUACAGAUCAGAUUUAAUUUAAAAACAAGGAAUGUGGAAAUAAAAACUUGCAAAGACACAACAGAUAUUGGUGCAUUGCAGAAAGCAGCCGACUUUGUCAAGGCAUUUACUUUGGGAUUUGAAGUUAACGAUGCAUUGGCCCUGGUUCGGCUAGAUGACCUUUACCUUGAAUCAUUUAAUGUCACCGAUGUCAAACCUUUAAAGGGAGAUCACUUGUCCAGAGCGAUUGGCAGAAUAGCAGGAAAGAAUGGCAAAACAAAAUUUACAAUAGAAAACGUCACAAAAACACGAAUCGUUUUGGCAGACAGCAAAGUGAACAUUCUUGGAUCCUAUCAAAAUAUCCAUGUAGCCAGAACAGCCAUCUGUAAUUUGAUAUUGGGAAGCCCUCCUUCAAAGGUUUAUGGACAUAUGCGAACAGUUGCUGCCAGAAGUGCAGAAAGUUUUUAGUGUUAAUAAAUAUAUGUACAUACAUGCUUUGAUGUCAUCAUUGCACUUCAAACCAAGUGUUCAGUGAACGUCAGUUAUCUGUGAUUUAUAAAGAAUUUACUUUCUUUUUAAACCAACGUGUUUUGGUUGGAGAGAGGUUAAUAUUUGUAUAAAAAUUGAUUGCA